UCGCGGAGUGAUGAUAUUGGCUGAGUUGUUCUCGGGGGCAAAGGUGACAAGGUCCAACUUGAACAGAAUUGCGGAAUUAAAUAAUGAAGGAAUCUGAUAUAAAGUGCUGCAGCGUAUCUGGUUGACCUUAAAGGAACAGAAGUUACAGUUGGAGAUGUAAAAAAGUUCCCAAUCCUUGUCUAGUGACAAGUAGCACUGACAACUAAAUUCUCAACGUGAGAUCUGACGUUGGAAAAACGUGAGAAAGCGGUUCAACCAACAUGUGUGUCUUUGGAAUUAGCUAUGCCUCGCAAUAUUUCUUGGCGAAAGCAUGGAAUAUUGUGUCCCCAUGCAGACAUCUCCAUGUACCAGUGUGGGUCUCAUCUCGAUGGAAACACACCAACUCUCAGCAGUACAAGGCUGUGAUUUUUGAUAUGUGUGGAGUUCUGAUUCCUUCUCCAGCCACAUUGGCUGCUGAGUGGGAAUUUAGAAACAGUCUUCAGCCUGGAUGGCUAUGGAAAACCAUUUUAAGCGGAGAGAACCAUGUUGCCUGGGACCGCUGCAUGCUUGGAGAACUGACAUUCGAGGAAUUUGCAGCCGUAGUUAGUAAGGAGAAACAGACCUCUAAUAUAAUCAAGCCCUGUUUACAAGCAAUGACAAGUCAGCUGAAAUAUCAGAUUCCUGCGAUGAGAGAAGCAAUCCAAUGUAUCAGGGCGGAAGGAUUGAAAACUGCUAUACUGACCAAUAACUUCUGGUUCAAAGACCAGAGUUUCUUGCCUGUGGAGAAAGUUGAUUUUGAUGUGAUUAUUGAAUCAUGCCGUGAAGGAAUUAAAAAGCCAAAUCCUGAGAUCUACAAACUUUGUUUAGAACAUCUGAAAGUCCACCCUACAGAAUCAAUUUAUCUUGAUGACUCUGGACGAAACCUGGAACCAGCAGCUCAGCUUGGGAUGAUUACAAUUAAGGUUGGAGACACAACUACAGCCAUUCAGAAGUUGGAGUCAUUGCUGAGGUUCCCAUUGCAUGGUUACGUGUAUGGUACGCAAGCUGUUCGUAAAGACACAGACAUUCCUACAGACCGUCUGAAGGAGUACCUCCAGACCACUUUGGGGCUAAGUUCAGGAGAGCCAUUGACUCUCCGGCAGUUUAGUCAUGGCCAAUCUAACUUUACCUAUCACAUGCGGAGUGGCGAUCAACAGCUGAUCCUAAGAAAGAAACCACCCGGAAAACUUCUGCAAUCAGCACACGCGGUGAAAAGAGAAUACAGGGUGAUGAAAGCUCUUGGAUCCAUGGGAGUUCCUGUUCCCAGGACUCUUGCCAUCUGUGAGGACCCCAGUGUUCUUGGGACUUCCUUCUACCUGAUGGAAUACUGCCCAGGGAGAAUAUUUAAGGAUCCAACACUACCAGGACAAUCUGCUCGUCAACGAACAGAAAUUUACAGUGCCAUGAACCAUGUUCUCUGCCAGAUUCAUCAGGUUGACAUCCAUGCUGCUGGAUUAGAUGAUUAUGGAAAACAUGGCAGCUACAUUCAGCGCCAAGUUUGUACGUGGACUGAACAGUACCGAGCAAGUGAGACUCAUAACAUUCAGGCAAUGGAACAGCUCAUAAAAUGGCUUCCAGAAAACCUCCCAACUCAUGAAAAGACCACAAUUGUGCAUGGGGACUUCAGAUUGGACAAUCUGAUUUUUCAUCCUGAGAAGCCUGAGGUGCUGGCGAUUUUGGACUGGGAACUGUCCACCUUGGGCGAUCCCAUUUGUGAUGUGGCAUGUAGUUGUUUGGCACACUAUCUUCCUCUGGAUUUCCCCAUCUUGAAAGGUUUGAAUAAUUGUGAUUUGACAGAGCUCGGAAUCCCAUCUGAUCUGGAAUACCUUACUCUGUACUGUGAUAACAUGGGUAUGAAUCCUGUCGAAAAUUGGAAUUUCUAUAUGGCUUUUACCUUUUUCCGAGUUGCAGCCAUUCUCCAAGGAGUUUAUAAGCGGUCACUUCAAGGUCAGGCAAGUUCAGCUAAAGCUGAAACAGCUGGAAAACUUGCAGAGAACACGGCUGAGUUGUCCUGGAUGUUUGCAAUAAGAGAAGGAUUCAGAAAAUUCAAAUCAAUCCCUACUAGAAAUCCAAACCCUCCAGUGAGAAAGUACUCGACAUGGAACGGACAGAGAUCAUCAGCAACAAACUUCCUAUAUACCUUUUCACUUAAUAACCAUUGCAGACAUUUGGUAUCAGUCCCUAAAGGACAUUUAAUUGUCUCACCUGAAGGGCUAUCUCCUCGCAUCCAAGAGUUGUACCAUCAACUGACUAUGUUCAUGGAUAAACACAUCUAUCCCCUGGAAGAGGAACUAAUGGACUACCAGAGGGAUGAAAAUCGAUGGAUUCCAAAUCCUAGAAUGGAGAAACUGAAAAGUGAAGCUAAGGCGAAUGGUCUUUGGAACCUGUUUUUACCAUUGAAAACUGAUCCUGAGAUUAAAUAUGGAGCUGGAUUGACAAAUCUGGAAUAUGCCCACCUUUGUGAGGUCAUGGGGAGGUCUCUGCAUGCUCCUGAGGUUUUCAACUGUUCUGCACCAGAUACAGGGAACAUGGAGAUCCUAUUGAAAUAUGGGACUGAAGCACAGAAGGAGCAGUGGCUUCUACCAUUAUUAGAAGGGAAAAUUAGGUCAUGUUUUGCCAUGACUGAGCCCCAGGUUGCAUCUUCAGAUGCCACAAACAUCAAAGCCUCAAUUGUUGAAGUGGGAGACAGUUUUAUCCUCAAUGGUCACAAAUGGUGGACAUCAGGUGCAAUGGAUCCUCGCUGCAAACUAUGUGUGUUUAUGGGAAAAACUGAUCCACAGGCUCAUCGUCACAGACAGCAGUCCAUGAUUCUUGUUUCCAUGGAUACACCAGGGAUUAAAGUUGUCCGACCCCUAUCAGUUUUUGGGAUUGAAGACCCUCCUGGAGGGCACGGCGAACUUAUAUUUGAAAAUGUUCAAGUGCCAAAACAGAACAUUCUAUUGGGGCCUGGCCGAGGGUUUGAAAUUGCCCAAGGAAGGCUUGGACCGGGAAGGAUACACCACUGUAUGCGACUCAUAGGCUAUGCAGAUCGAGCAUUGCAACUCAUGAAGGACCGGGUAAAAACACGAGUGGCUUUUGGAAGACCAUUAGCUGAACAGGGCACUAUCAUGACAGACAUUGCUAACUCCCGGAUAGAAAUUGAACAGGCACGGUUGCUCGUGCUGAAAGCUGCCCAUCUCAUGGAUACAGUGAGUGACAAGGAAGCAGCCUCUGAGAUCUCGAUGAUUAAAUUAGUGGCGCCAAGCAUGGCUUUGCAUGUCAUUGAUCGUGCAAUCCAGGCAUUUGGAGCAGCCGGGCUCAGCAGUGACUACCCAUUGGCUCAGUUUUUUGGCUGGGCACGUGCUCUGCGACUGGCUGAUGGUCCAGAUGAGGUUCACAGAGCUGUCAUUGCCAAGCUUGAAUUGAAACGCUGAGUCAGCACAACACAAUACUGAACACUGGUGCCCUGAUCAAUGCAACCACUACCUUUUCUUUAGAUUGCUUUAUGUACAUUGCAUUCAUGUCUAUGAAACAAUACUUAUUGUCUUGUUUAAUAAAAACCGAAAGAACUGCAGAUGCUGUAAAUCAGGAACAAAAACAAAGU